AAAGGACAUUCGCAAAACAUUCCAAAUAUGAAAAAUUGCACAUCAAAUUUUGUAAGAGCAUUGCUCUGAUAUCGUUAACAAAUAACAAUGUUUUCUUUCGUAUGUUUUUCAAAGUAAAAGAAUACUUCUUAUGAUGUCAUAACUAUCUGUGUGCAUUGGAUAAGAACUCAUCAGAAUCCCGUGUUAACUGUUUCCGGGCAAUAAAUGUCCAUGCUUCCCAGUGGUAUCUGCUGGCCCAUGCUCACGAUCGGAUGGAUAUCGGUGAUGUAAUAUCGUUCCACUGUUUCGUACUGUAGUGAAUGUCUGUUAUGAGCGAGACGUAAUUGGAGUUGGAUAUUUGAUAAAUGCAACCGCUUACAGCGGCUUACUCCUUAAAUUGUUAAGCAUGUGGAGGAACUUCUGCAGCAUCGGGGUUGGAGUGUCUCUGUGUCGAAAAUCGCUCGUGUUUACACUAUGCCGAAGAAAUCUUCAACACAAAUGUGGACUCAUCGCAUCACCGGCAAAUCCUUUCAAUCGGUGUCGAUUGCAGUUCUUCUCGAAAAAUUUUUUCCCACCGAAGAGAAGGUUAACAACCAACUGCGAAGUCAAACAGAUGCCGCCUGUGCGAGUCUCCCCCGUAGUGCGCGUAUGGCAGAAUUAUCUGCGCUUCACCGAUGCCCAUCCGCUGAAGGUGCAGGCGCUGACGGCGCUCUUGUUUUCCAGUCUGGGUAAUAUCAUCUCGCAAGUGGUGGUGGAGCGGCGCUCCCUGGAUGACAUUGAAUGGCUGAGUGUUGCCAAAUUCGCCACCAUUGCUGUGUGUGUUAGUUUUCCCAUUCUGCGCAGUUGGCUGUGGAUUCUGGAAAAGUACGUGAAGCCCGGCAAAUACACACCACUGAAGAGAAUGCUACUGGAUCAGAUAGUGUUUGCACCAUUCUUUUUGGCUGGCUUUAUCGUCCUCAUGGGAUUUGUGGAGGGGACCGGAUGGGAAGAUGCACAAAAGCGCCUACGAGAUGAUUGGGCCAAUGUGAUGAUAAGCAACUAUCAAGUUUGGCCAUGGGUGCAACUCCUGAAUUUCUAUUUUGUUCCUUUCAAUCAACGCAUUCUAUUUGGAAGCAUUGUGAGCUUAUUCUGGAACACCUACUUGGCCUUUGUGGUCAGGAAUGGCACUGGGAGCGGCCGAGCUUCGUUGUCCUCAAAGACAGACAUUGGACUUUAAGUUUUGCGCUCCUCUUCACCAUUUCGGCGAUUUGUUUUGCCAGUUGCCACGUUCCUGGUUAUCGGUGAUGGUAAUCACAGAUGAAUAUCGACCAUCUCGAUUAUUAAUUCCUGUGAUAUAUGGGUUUCACCCUGUUGUCAAUCGUGCGAACUUACCGGUAUGAUAGAAAGAUUUCCAGUUUUUUUUUGCGGUCGUGAAUGCCGGUUCAGUAUGACUGAACUUUUCCAUCAUUCGAUUUGUGAAAUUACCUACUUAUGUACAAGGAUGCCGUAUAAAAGAACUGGAUUCUUUG